AUGGCUCGAUUGAGGCUUGCCUCUACCAGAGGCUCCACGCCCGUUCUCUGCGGCCACAGCUUCCUGCUGGGACAGGCAGCCUGGCAUUCCCGCCCGCCAUUUCUCAGAGGCCGGACCUUUGCCUCCCAAUCCGACUCAACAGCGAAAACAGACGCCGAGCGACCAGCCCUCUUCCAGCGCGAAGCCCACGACGCCGCUGUAUCUGCUUCCACUCGAACUCCCUCGCCAACCGCUGGCUCUUCCACCAGACCCAAGCCCGCUUCUGGCAAGUCCUCCGAGGAGCCCAGCCCCUCUCUCCCGCCGGGAUGGGAGGACGAGGACUGGAAUAUCACCGCCUUCUCACAACUCCCACACCGCUACUUCGGCGCCAACCAGCACAUGAGAAUAAAUGAAGAGUUCAAGGAGAGCCUGCGGCAGAUACUCUGGCAGUUCCGCGCGCCCAUCAAGUAUGCCUUCGCCUACGGUUCCGGUGUCUUCCCGCAAAGCGAUGCUACGGCAACCAGCGCCGCCCUAUCGCCACACCCGCACCCUCCCGAAGCUGUACUUAAGUGGCAGAAGGGCGGCGGCAAAAUGAUCGACUUCAUCUUCGGUGUCACCUACACACAGCACUGGCACUCGCUCAAUCUUACGCAGCACCGCGACCACUACUCCUUCCUUGGCAGCCUCGGCUCCGGUCUCGUGUCCGCGGUGCAGGACCGCUUCGGCGCGGGCGUCUACUUCAACCCCUACAUCACCGUCAACGGCACUUUGAUCAAAUACGGCGUCGUGAACCUCGACACGCUGUACCGGGACCUCAGCGAGUGGGACACGCUCUACCUGGCCGGGCGGCUCCAAAAGCCCGUCAAGAUCCUGCGCGACGAGCCGCGCAUCCGGAUGGCGAACCAGAUCAACCUGAUCUCCGCCGUGCGCACCGCGCUACUCAUGCUCCCCGAAACUUUCACCGAGAAGCAGCUCUUCAGCGCGAUCGCCGGGCUCAGCUACACGGGCGACCCGCGUAUGUCCUUCAAAUCCGAGGACCCGAAAAAAGUCUCCAACAUCGUGAAUCACCAGCUCGUGAACUUCCGCCAGCUGUACGACCCAUUCAUCGAGGACCUGCCGAACGUUAGCCACAACGACCCGCGCGUGCAACGCAGCAAGGACUGGGAAGCCGACACCUCGCUCCAGGACAUCAAGAUCGCGCAGGACAUGGACCCCGUUAAGCGCGGGAACAUGGUGCGGCGGCUGCCCAAAGCCUUCCGGCAGAAGCUGUACGCGCUCUACCAGCGCAAGUUCGCGAUGCCGCAGCGGGAGUUCGACAAGAUCGUCGAGGGGAGCCAGGACGAGGACGCGACGAGCUUCAAGAAGCGGCAGGGCACUGAGUUCGACCGGCGUAUUGCCGGGGAGCCGGAUCUGCGCGAGAUGGUUACCAGGGCGAUUAAUCAGACGGUCAAAUGGCCGAGUACGAGUCAGAGUCUGAAGGGGCUGGUUACGGCGGGGCCGAGCAGGACGGUGAGGUAUUUGAGGGAGAAGGCGGAAAAGGGGAGGAAGGGGAAGGCUGAGAAGGACGAGGGUGCGAAGAAGAAGAAAACAGCUGAGGAUGGGGCAGACGUGAAGAAGGAGGACUGA